AGUCCGUCCUGGAUGGCAUCGGGGGAGGCCUGUUCGUGGACCUGAACCCUGGGGCUGCUGGUCCUCCCGCGCCCGCUGGUUGCCUCAUGGUGCGGGCCACGGCCGCCAGCCCCCGUGCGAAUCGGCGGCGCUAAGGCGCCGGGGCAGCGCGCGACAUGUCGUCGGGCCUCCGCGCCGCCGUCUUCCCCCGCUGGAAGCGCCACAUCUCGGAGGAGUUGAGGCGCCGGGACCGGCUGCAGAGGCAGGCGUUCGAAGAGAUCAUCCUGCAGUAUAACAAGUUGCUGGAAAAGUCAGAUCUUCAUUCAGUGCUGGCCCAUAAGCUACAAGCUGAAAAGCAUGACAUGCCAAACAGGCAUGAGAUAAGUCCUGGACAUGAUGGUGCGUGGAAUGAUAGUCAGCUGCAAGAAAUGGCCCAGCUGAGGAUUAAACACCAAGAAGAACUGACUGAAUUACACAAGAAACGUGGGGAGUUAGCUCAGUUGGUGAUUGACCUGAAUAACCAAAUGCAGCAGAAGGACAAGGAGAUGCAGAUGAAUGAAGCCAAAAUUGCAGAAUGCUUACAGACUAUCUCUGAUCUCGAGACCGAGUGCCUGGAACUACGCACUAAGCUUCAGGACCUUGAAAGAGCCAACCAGACCCUGAAGGAUGAAUAUGAUGCCCUGCAGAUCACUUUCACUGCCCUGGAGGAGAAACUGAGGAAAACUACUGAGGAGAACCAGGAGCUGGUCACCAGAUGGAUGGCUGAGAAAGCCCAGGAAGCUAAUCGCUUAAAUGCAGAGAAUGAGAAGGAUUCGAGGAGGCGGCAAGCCCGGCUGCAGAAGGAGCUCGCAGAAGCAGCAAAGGAACCUCUACCAGUUGAGCAGGAUGACGACAUUGAAGUCCUUGCGGAUGAAACCUCCGAUCACGCCGAGGAGGCCUCUCCGGUGCGGGCCGUCAGCAGAGCCGCCGCUAAGCGACUCUCGCAGCCUGCUGGAGGCCUUCUGGAUUCUAUCACUAAUAUCUUUGGUCUGUCCGAGUCUCCCCUUUUGGGACAUCACUCUUCUGAUGCUGCCAGGAGGCGCUCUGUGUCUUCCUUUCCAGUUCCCCAGGAUAACACGGAUAUUCAUCCUGGUUCUAGUAAAGAAGUGAGGGUGCCAACGACUGCAGUGUGUGUCUUCGACGCUCACGAUGGGGAGGUCAAUGCCGUGCAGUUCAGUCCGGGUUCCCGGCUCCUGGCCACGGGAGGCAUGGAUCGGAGGGUGAAGCUCUGGGAAGUGGUCGGAGACAAAUGUGAGUUCAAGGGUUCCCUGUCUGGCAGUAAUGCAGGAAUUACAAGCAUUGAAUUUGAUAGUGCUGGAUCUUACCUCUUAGCAGCGUCAAAUGAUUUUGCAAGCCGCAUCUGGACUGUGGAUGACUAUCGGUUACGGCAUACACUCACGGGACACAGCGGCAAGGUGCUGUCUGCCAAGUUCCUGCUGGACAACGCGCGUAUUGUUUCUGGAAGUCACGACCGGACCCUCAAGCUCUGGGAUCUACGCAGCAAAGUCUGCAUAAAGACGGUAUUUGCGGGAUCCAGCUGCAAUGAUAUUGUCUGCACAGAGCAGUGUGUGAUGAGUGGACAUUUUGACAAGAAAAUUCGUUUCUGGGACAUCCGAUCAGAGAGUAUUGUCCGAGAGAUGGAGCUCUUGGGAAAGAUUACUGCCCUGGACUUAAACCCAGAAAGAACUGAACUCCUCAGCUGCUCCCGAGAUGACCUGCUAAAAAUUAUUGACCUACGAAUAAGUGCUGUCAGACAGACAUUCAGCGCGCCGGGCUUCAAGUGCGGCUCCGACUGGACGCGAGUUGUGUUCAGCCCUGACGGCAGUUACGUGGCAGCAGGCUCGGCCGAGGGCUCUCUCUACAUCUGGAGCGUGCUCUCCGGGAAAGUGGAGAAGGUCCUUUCAAAGCAUCACAGCUCAGCGAUCAACGCCGUGGCCUGGUCGCCUGCCGGCUCCCACGUCGUCAGCGUGGACAAAGGAAGCAAAGCUGUGCUGUGGUCAGAGUACUGAGGGCACCUCGUCAGGAAAGAGCGGAUCGGAAGCUGGAGGGGCACGCGGGCCCCACGGCUCUGUCCUGGCAGGUGGCGCCUGGGCUGUGGCUUUGACCUCCAGAGAAGAGCUCGAGCCGUGGGGCGCAGUUGCCUGCCUUUGAGCAGGGCUCCCCGAGGGUCGUGGCUGAGGUCCCGUGGCCUGAAAGAGUAACACUGAGAAAAACCUGACGCUGCGGUCGCUCAGCAGAGGUUCAGGUUCUUGCCUUGAUUCAAGUGGGAAACACUACUGGCUCUGACCUUGCAUACCUCAGCGGGGUGGGCGCAGGCACCUGCUGGCUUCUUCCCUGGGCGCCGGUGCCGCAGACGCCCCCUGCACCAGGUGUUGCUUCUCCCCCUGUGCUCUCUCGCGUCCUUCCAAAGUCGGUUCCGGCCUGAUGAAUGUCCUGUCACCUCGGGGUCAUUUUCCCAGGGAACUUGCUUUAAUCAUGGAUUAACAGAAACCCAAAUGGGAUUACCCCUGCCCUCAGGUAGCCCACGGGGACGGCCCUGAUUUCUGAGGAGACCGUGGGACUGUGGUCCCCCCUGCUGGUCUGUGUCUUUAUUACGAGGCUCUUACUCUGAUCUCACCUGAUCACUGUUGGAAUUUCCUUAGGUCUCUUAGAAAGCAACUGUUCUUCAAAACUCCUUCCUCCCUCCCCUCCCCGCCCCCCAAUUCUACAUAUCUAUCUCUUGGUCAAGAAAUAAAUCUCAAUUUGGUUUAAAAAAAAAAAAAAA